AGUCUCGUUUUCGUGCUGGGACGAAAUUCUGGGCGAUUCUCGAAUUGUGCAGCUAUGGCGGCACGCGUGCUGCUCGUGCGACCAGCGCUUCCGGUUACCGCAAUUGUUUCUCAUCUCCCUGUGCCGGGAUCCGCGUCGUCUCUAUGCCCUGCAAUUUCAAGAACCCAUCCAUCCGCAGAGCUCACAAGAUUGCUGUGCUCUCGGUCCUCCCCUGCGGCGGAAUCGUCUUGCGCGCAUGGAUCUAUCGGCAUCAGGACUCGAAGGUCUGUGAAUUUGGGUGGCACUUUUGCAGGCAGUUCUGUGAAUUUGGAGUCGUUCGAGCGAUUUGCAAAUUGUCGGUCCAGGACGAUCUUCUCGGCAAUGUCGGCUGGUCCUUCAGAGACUCAAACGGUGUCCAUGGAGGAGGAGGAGGAAAGGUACAAAGUUCAAGAGAGGAUAGAUGAGCAUCAAAAGGCAGCCACUAAAUUGCCCCGUGUCGUCGAAGCGCGCACCGUCGUCGAUAAGAUCACGAAUGGUAUACUCUCGACGAUCUCCAAGAAGCUUGAUGGGAGUCCGGUGCCGUCGAUGGUGCCCUACGCGGUGGACGAGGGUGGCAGGAUUCUUCUGUGUGUAAGUUCUCUGUCUCCUCACACGGGAGAUCUUGAUGCGAAUCCCAAGUGCUCCAUGCUCGUUGCGAGAGAUCUCAACGACAGAAGCGAUAUUGUGAUCACCGUCACUGGGGAAGCGCAUGCAGUCUCUGCAGAAAAUGAAGCGGAUGCGAAGAGUGCGUUUCUGAAAAAGCAUCCGGGUGCUUUUUGGGUCGACUUCGGGGACUUCAAAAUGGUGCGCAUAGAACCGAAACAUGUUCGGUUCAUUUCAGGAAUUGCGAAAGGCACUGCAGCCGUUUCACAGUUCUCAGGAGACGAAUUCAAAGCUGCAGCUGUUGACCCCAUCUCGCAAUUUGCUGCUCCUAUCGCUCACCACAUGAACAGAGAUCAUUCGGAUCAGACGAGGAUGAUUGUGGAGCACAAUGUUGGGAUUAAGGUCGAUUCUGCCAUAAUUGAAGAAGUAGAUAGUUUUGGGUUUUAUGUAUUGUCCCAAUUUGAAGGGAAGCCACUAAAGUUGCGAAUUCCAUUCCCAAGAAAGGCGGAGAGUCGCAAGGAUGUGAAGACGCUUAUUGUCGAGAUGCUAUCUGCAGCCACUGCUAAGUAGAAUCAAGAGAUGAGAAAUUAGAACCUGGAAUUGUGCAGAUGGUGAGAGGGUUUGUAGCUAGUUUUUCACAAACCUUUGGAUACUGCAGAGAUAAAGUCUCGUGUAAAUUGCCUGUACAAAUUUAUAAAAAAUUGGCGUGGAAUUGGUCUCGCCCCUCCC